AUGGCAAGCAACCUGGAAAAACUGGUAAAAACAUGGAAAGUAGGUGCCGAAUUUUAUAAAACAAAUCGCGGAGGCCUAAUAACAUUCCACGGUCCCGGUCAAUUAGUAGUUUACCCCAUUUUAAACCUAAAACAUUUCAAACCCAGCAUAAAAUGGUAUGUUUGCCAUCUAGAAAAAACCAUAAUACAUUUAUGCCAAAAAUAUGGUCUCACGGGAGAAACUUCACCACAUACUGGUGUAUGGAUAGGAGAUAACAAGAUUUGUGCCAUAGGAAUUCAUGGAAGUCGUUUUAUAACUACCCACGGGCUGGCAUUGAAUUGCAAUACUGAUUUGGGGUGGUUUGACCAUAUAGUGCCUUGUGGAAUUGAAGGUAGAGGUGUUACAAGUUUAUCCAAGGAAUUGAAAAGGAAUGUUUCGAUAGAUGAAGUUAUUCCUGAAUUUGUUGAUAGUUUUUGUACAAUAUUUGAAUGUGAGAGUUUGGAUAUUGAUAGGGAGGAAGCUGAUAAUUUAUUUCAAAGUGAUAGUAGUGAAUUAUUAAAUUAA